AUGUCGGAUGCUGCAUGGACGUUAUUUCUUCAGACGGGCGAGUCUAAACUCGACUCAUCACCAACUAUUUCUGAUUCCUUAUCUGUUCCCUCCAGUCCGGAAAUUAGGAUGGUCGCCUCGCCACCUACGUUUCUACCACCCAAACUUGUCUUGCCGAGUCCUCCGCCAUCUCAACACCUACAACAACUCUCAUCUCCGCUUCCUUCUCCGAACCCACCUUCCCUUUUAUCCCCUACCCCAUCUCCUCCCACGUCCCCACGUUCAUCUCCUUCCUUACAGCACUCAAUAGUUUUGAAUUCUGUUAAUAAUAGUCGAGCCCUUUCAAAUGAAUUCAUGGAUUUUCCACUAUUCUAUUAA